UGGGGGGGUCCCUGAGGGGCGCCCGGAGCUAAGAUGGCGUCCGCAACUGAGGGGGACGUGGGGACGGUGGCGGAGCUUUCGAGGGUGCUGCGGUGGGGUUUCGAGGACCUGAGCCUUAACAAGUUGGCGACGUCCCUGGGCGCGUCAGAACAGGCGCUGCGGCUCAUCAUCUCCAUCUUCCUCGGUUACCCCUUUGCUGUGUUUUAUCGGCAUUACCUUUUCUACAAGGACAGCUACCUCAUCCAUCUCUUCCACACCUUUACAGGCCUCUCAAUUGCUUAUUUUAACUUUGGAAACCAGCUCUACCACUCCCUACUAUGUGUUGUGCUUCAGUUCCUCAUCCUUCGAUUGAUGGGCCGCACCAUCACUGCCAUCCUCACUACCUUUUGCUUCCAGAUGGGCUACCUGCUUGCUGGAUAUUAUUACACAGCCACUGGCAACUAUGAUAUCAAGUGGACAAUGCCACAUUGUGUUCUGACCUUGAAGCUGAUUGGUUUGGCUGUUGACUACUUUGAUGGAGGGAAAGAUCAGAAUUCCUUGUCCUCUGAGCAACAGAAAUAUGCCAUACGGGGUGUCCCUUCCCUGCUGGAAGUUGCUGGUUUCUCCUACUUCUAUGGGGCCUUCUUGGUAGGGCCUCAGUUCUCAAUGAACCACUACAUGAAGCUGGUGCAGGGACAGCUGACUGACGUGCCAGGGAAGAUACCAAACAGCACCGUGCCUGCGCUCAAGCGCCUGUGUCUGGGCCUCUUCUACCUGGUGGGCUACACCCUGCUCAGCCCCCACAUCCCAGAAGACUAUCUCCUCACAGAAGACUAUAUGAACCGUGCUUUUUGGUUCCGCUGCAUGUACAUGCUGGUCUGGGGCAAGUUUGUGCUGUACAAAUAUGUCACCUGUUGGCUGGUCACAGAAGGCGUCUGCAUUUUGACGGGGUUGGGCUUCAAUGACUUUGACGAAAAGGGAGAGGCCCGGUGGGACGCCUGCGCUAACAUGAAGGUGUGGCUCUUUGAAACCACCCCACGCUUCACUGGGACCAUCGCCUCCUUCAACAUCAACACCAAUGCCUGGGUGGCCCGUUACUUCUUCAAACGACUCAAGUUCCUUGGGAACAAACAACUGUCCCAAGGUCUCUCCUUGCUAUUCUUGGCCCUCUGGCACGGCCUACACUCAGGGUACCUGGUCUGCUUCCAGAUGGAGUUCCUCAUUGUUAUCGUGGAGAGGCAGGCCUCCAGCCUCAUUCGAGAGAGCCCCCUUUUGAGCAGCCUGGCUUCCAUUACUGUCCUCCAACCCUUGUACUACUUGGUGCAGCAGACCAUCCACUGGCUCUUCAUGGGUUACUCCAUGACUGCCUUUUGCCUCUUCACAUGGGACAAGUGGUUUAAGGUGUAUAAAUCCAUCUAUUUCCUCGGCCACGUCUUCUUCUUGAGCCUACUAAUCAUAUUGCCUUACGUUCACAAAGCAAUGGUGCCAAGAAAAGAGAAGUUAAAGAAAAUGGAAUAAUCCAUUUCCCUGGUGGCCUAGAGCAGGACUGGUGCAGGAACGUCUCCCUUUUCACAGCACUCCUUCGCCAGAGACCACAGCAGCCAGGAGCGGGAAGACAUGGCACACCUAGCGUGCCUCUGCUGCCAGCCAAGUCUUCAUUUGGGGCCAAAGGGGAAACUCUUGUGGGAGGAGCAGAGGGGCCCCCAUUUCUCCCCUCUGGGCUCCCCCAUGCACGUUGCCUUAUCUCUCCCCCUCUAGCCAGGAAUCUGUUGUGUUUUAUUCUGCCAAUUUACUAUGAUUGUAUAUGUGCCGCUACCACCACCCCCCCCAUGGGGGGGUGGGGAGGGGUACAAGGCCCUGCCUGCUCCACUUUUUCUACCUUGGAACUGUACCAGAUAAAAUCACUUCCGUUUGUUCAGUUUUUCAUUGCUAGCACUGCCGGCUGCUUUCUUUCCAACACAGUUCUCAUGUUAGUCACUGCUGAAGUAAGCAGGGCCCUUUCCUGUAGAGCACAGUGAUCUGGGAAAUGAUCUGAAGCCUGUCUGCAAAGCCCAGAACCAAACUGCAAACACUGUAACCUAUGUCUUUCCCUGAAGACUGACAAUCACCACUCAACACCACUAGAUACUGCUGGGUUUAGGAUCCCCAAAGAAGGACCAAGUUUGCAAGAACAGUAUUUAUAGGAUAAACAAAUAACAAAUGUGCGGGCUGGCUUCCCCAACUCCAUAGUCUCCAUGCAGGAGGGUCACCUCCUAGCCAUUGCUUGAGAGCAGGACCAAGGAGGCAAUAUCAGCAGUCUCUGUGUUUCAGAACACGGUUCUGUCAAAUGAUGCCCCAGGCUUCUUCAAAGGCUGUUGUCACCUUUGCACACGUGAGGGCUGCAGAAAGGGGAUAGUUGCUGAUGGACACCAUCUUCUCCGUGUACUCCACAUUGACCUAGAAAGAGUAGUUCUGUCAGCCCACUCUCACUCUGUAACAGACUCAGUCCUUCCUCAGAGCAGGAAAAACAACUGCUCUUGGAAGCCUGCAGCUUCAGCUUGAUGAACAUGAGCACUGAGCUGACAUUACCUGGCCGUGGGCAAAAGCGCCCACCACAAAAACGAUAGGGUCACUGCUGGGCACCAACUCUCGCACAUCACUGACAACUGGGACAGAAAAAGAAGUGCCAAUCUUCAUGCAUCCAACUGGAAAGUGAUCCGACACAGGAUUCUUAAUUACCUGGAAGAAAAAAAGAAUCAACCCCAGGAACAUUCUCAAAACCCUACCUCCAACCAGCAGUUUCAAUACCUCACCUUCAAGAGCUUCUGAGGGCCAUCAGCUGCUCGAACACUGAGUUUGUGUAAAAGUUGAACUGGAGAGAGGGGGAAAAAUUUUUAAAAAAAGAGUUCAGAGCUAGAUGGAGAACCCUCUUGUUUGGCCCAGUGAUCUAAGCAGAAAACCCCUAUGUAAGGAGGAGCUCCUGUGUCCUUCCAGCCACGCUGUGCUCCUGAGGUGCUAUGAAUAAGCUGCUUUCAGGGACCACCAGCUGUACUGUGAGGGCCUCGCUCUCCCCCUUUCCUCUCAGCCAGGAAUCCCUGUACAAGCAAAGAUAAUGGUCAAGAGCCCUUCUGUAGCAAAAAUCGAACCCUCCCACUAAAAAACUCCACAUUUAACUUAUCCCUUUUCCCCUCUCUUUGUUUAAGUCCUAAGGCUUCUUACCCAUGAGGCCACAAAAACGGUCAAAGGUCCUGGGAAUACGAGUCUGGGGGUUCACUUCAAUCAGCACAUUCUUCUGUGUGUGGAUGUAAACCUGAAGCAAGCCAGCACGGUUCAGGGGACUGUCCAUCAGCAUCAGUAAACUCUGAGGGAGGCAGAAACCAAGGCACAGUUAAAACAUGAAGUAGCUCACAGCUGCCUAGCCUUAUAUAGAAAGGCUCAAGGGGUGUGGAGCUGUGCCCUGGAGUCACCUGGUGAGCGAUGUCUGGUCUCACUUCCCCAGGAUCCCGUCCGUUCUUUAAUAAUAUAGACUUGUGCUUGUCACAGUUGAGUAGCUCAUAUGUCUUCCCGACCUGAAAGACAGGGAACAAGAUGGAGAGCAAUUUAAGCUUCUCUAACCUAGCACAGCAGUCCCCAAAGCAGCAUCUACCGAACCAGAAACCCGGGGGGUGGGAACCAGCAAGCCUUGAGUAAUCCCUGAGAGGAUUACUGUGGCCACAUUUGCCCUCCCUCCCUUCCCGAGGCAGCUGAGCACAGAAGGGGAAAAGAAGGGCACAACCUGUGAUCUCUCAUGAUUAAACUGAAUUUAAUUUAAAACCUGUGGCUUGGGCCUCCCUGCUGGCACAGGAGUUAAAGUCUCAGCGCUAUCAAGCUAUCACCAGCCACUGUGGCAUGAGUUCGAUCCCCAGCCAGGGAGCUACCCCACAGGUGCAGCAGACCUCUCCUGUCUCGCCCAUUGCUCCCCUCAUCAGUGUAUUUCAGUAGAUCUGCCUGUUCUGCUCCCCACUCUCUCUGGUGAAUCCUCUCACACACACUCCCCGCACCCCAGUUCUUGUAUGCAUAAAUAAAUAAAAAUAAAACUUUAAAAUAAAUAGAUAAAACCUGUGGCUACUAGGCAAAGCCACCAAGGAAUUCUGGAGCAAGGUAGGAGUCAGGUUAGUGAACAAGGCUGCCUGCUUAGCACACAAGCAUUACGUAUAUACUGGACAAAGGAUGCAUGGUCCCUGUCUCAGUUUGCUUAUAAGAAACAUGCAGUAAAGGAAGAGAUGCAAAUGUGAACAGGAAGAGGUGUGAACAUGCUAGUGAUGCAGGAGGUAGUUAAUCAGGAAUGUUUCCCAGAAGCCAAAGAGGGAUGUUGCCAGUUUUAAGAUUGGCAUAUGCAAAGGUAUGGAUAUGAAGCCAAAAUGUGAAGACAAGUGAUGCUAGAAAAGUGGAAAUAAACAUUGAAGGGCCAUGACUAUACAUGAAACUAUAAACUGCAGAAUCAUCAACUUCCAAGCACAAAGGAGUAAUUGUGGAAUAUGAGAAUGAGGAAUAUUAUUCUGGCAACUGUGUACAGCAGCUAGAGUUUAAAGAUCUACCUAGAAAUGCAUAGUAGAUCUACCUAGAAAUGUGUAUUAACUAAAAGAAAUAAUUACAAAUUAUUUGGAGUCCUAAGGAGCAUUAAUUAAGAUGAUCAGUAAAGUCUAAAAGCAUUAAGUAAAAAUACAGGUUUUGAAAGUAAUUUUUGCAUAUCAACAGAACACUGGUUUAUGCCAGGCAACAUCCUGAGACAUGUGACUCCCAAAAGUUUGGGGGAAGAGUGAUAACGGAACAGAUGAUAGGACAAAAGAUAGUAGCUAAAAAAAAAAAAAAAAAAAACAGGGCCUCCCCUGGUGGCACAGCGGUUGAGCGCUGGGUUGCAAAGCUGCCCGCAGCCUCUGCAGCGCCGGUUCAAUCCCCGGCUGCUCCCCGGCCACCGGAGGAGGGUCCCACAUGGCGCACAGACCUCUCCUGCCGCCCACUGCUCCCCUCAGCAGUGUACUUCAGUCCUUCUGCCUGCUCUGCUCCCUGCUCUGGCUCUGGUGAAUUCUCUCACCCUCCCGCGCU